CUCGGCUAACUUUUUGUAUUUUUAGUAGAGACAGAGCUUCACUGUGUUAGCCAGGAGAGUCUCGAUCUCCUGACCUUGUGAGCCACCACGCCUGGCCCAGUAUACAUCUUUAACUUGUGACUGUCCACUUUCUUUUUUUUUGAGAUGGAAUCUUGCUCUGUCGCCCAGGCUGGAGUGCAGUGACGCAAUCUCAGCUCACUGCAAGCUCCGCCUCCCAGGAGAAUAGCGUGAACCUGGGAGGCGGAGCUUGCGGUGAGCAGAAAUCGCACCUCUGCACUCCAGCCCAGUGACUUUUGUUUCCUUCCAGAUCCCAAGUAUUUCUUCACUUCUAUAUAGCUGUUUGCUUUUAUUUUUGAUUAACCAUGAAAAAAAAGUUAAUGUGUUUUUACUAGGAAUGAAUAUCUUUUCUCCUUUAGCCAAAUGUUGUCUGCCAGCCUGUUGUUGCUUCAGCUGUGGGACAGCGGGGCACAGGAGACUGACAAUGAGCGUUCUGCCCAGGGCACCAGCGCCCCGCUUUUGCCCUUGCUGCAGAGGUUCCAGAGCAUCAUUUGCAGGAAGGAUACGCCCCACUCCGAGGGCGACAUGCACCUUUUGUCUGGCCCUCUGAGCCCCAGCGAGAGUUUCCUGAGGUACCUCACCCUUCACAAGACAACGAGCUUGCCAUUGAUCUGCGACAGACCGCGGUUGUUGUCAUGGGCCAUUUAGACCGUCUGGCUAUGCCCUGUUUGCCUCCACUGUGUAGCUCUCUGACGUCU